GUCAAGUUAUAAUAAAUACUGAACCUAAUGAACUAGUUGAUGGAGAAUCUGGUCAAGUUAUAAUAAAUACUGAACCUAAUGAACUGGUUGAUGGGGAAUCUGGUCAAGUUAUAAUAAAUACUGAACCUAAUAAACUAGUUGAUGGAGAAUCUGGUCAAGUUAUAAUAAAUACUGAACCUAAUGAACUGGUUGAUGGAGAAUCUGGUCAAGUUAUAAUAAAUACUGAACCUAAUGAACUAGUUGAUGGAGAAUCUGGUCAAGUUAUAAUAAAUACUGAACCUAAUGAACUAGUUGAUGGAGAAUCUGGUCAAGUUAUAAUAAAUACUGAACCUAAUGAACUAGUUGAUGGAGAAUCUGGUAGUGUUACCUGUUCUUAUAACAAUGCUUAUACAAUAAGUGUAUCUCGAUCUGGUGAUGAUAGUAAUAUAGCUAGCUGUUUUGUUUUUAUACGAGAACAAGACUGUAAUAUCCUAAAUCCUGGACCAUCAAACAAUUACACCGACUAUAGAAGAUUCUAUACAGCAUCUAAAACAACUACUAGUUUAACUAUACAUAUUGAUACAGUAUCUAAACAAAGAGAUGAUGGUAUCUGGAGAUGUAGAGUGGGUGAACUUCCAUCUGAAUCAUUUCAAACCAAUAAAACUAUUAAUGUUAAAGGUAAUUCUAUGUUACUAGAGCUUCAUUAUUUCAUCUAG